AUGGCGGGCCACCUCGACCGACGCCCUAACUCUCCGCCCCAACUCUCCGCGAUCCGUCUCCGCCUCCCGGCCUCCGCUGCCCUAACUCUCCACGCUACGUCUCCGCCUCCCGGCCUCCCGACUGACUUGACAUACGACGCGGCCAUCGCCGCCCUUAUAGAAGACCUUCCCACGCUGCCGUCUUCUGACGAUGAAGAAACUCUCUGCCGCCACUCCCACGACGCCUCUCUCCCCUCCACCCUCACUACAACUCCGGGUCGGCGUGCCCUCUCCACCACCACUACCAUCCACGGCACCCCGACCCCCUCACUCUCCUCCCACGAUGGCUCUCCAGAGCCAGAAGACACUCGCGGCAGCCGCCACAACUCUCCCGAGCUGGGAGAAUCUGCACCCUCUAGGCAAGUUUCAGAAUUUGCUAGCCGCACCAUCCCGCCAGGUAGCACCUCAGCGGCGUUCACUGCCCUCGCAGCCCUCUCUACCGUCCGUUCCAUGUUCAUCAAGAACACGGAGUCGUUCUCACUCUCGCGGCCCGCUAACGCGGAGGCAUGGGCCGCACAGCAUGUGGGCAAAGAGGCUUCUUCUCCUUGCGGCCACUGCGUCAAGAGUGGCACACGCUGUGACUUCCGAGUGGUGGACCUCACUACCGCAGACGAUGGGGAGGAUGGUGGCAAGAAGCCUGAGGGCAAGAAACCCAAGGGCAAGAAGCCCAAGGGCAAGAAGCCUGAGGGCAAGAAGCCCGAGAAGAAAGCUGCAUCUUCCGCCCACACCACCCGCACCCGCACCUGCACCCGCACCACCACCACCCAUGGCUGCAAUCCCUUCUCCCCUGGCCCCGACACCCCUCCCCAACUCCGCACCCUCUCCCCUACUAUGUCUGGGGCGCUCCCGCCUCCUAGCCGCUCCCGCGGCCCUGCUACUCCCCGCCGCUCCCGCAUCGCCCUGGAACUUGCACGCGCUCUCCCGCCUGCUGCACGUGCCGCCCGCCACCACCGCCUCAGCUGGGCCCUGCUAGCCCUCGAGAUGGCUGAGGAUGAGGAGAAGGAGAAGGAGGAGGAGGAGGAGGAUGAGGAGUGA